AUGGCAACUACAAAACAUACAGAAUUAGAAAAUCAAACAACAAAAUCAAAAUUUGGAUUAAUAAAUAGAACAAAGAGCAAUAGUUCAUUACAUAUUAGUGAAAUUAAAAAUAAAUUUUUAUCACCAACAGGUCCCAGCAAUAAUAAUAGUAAUAAUAGCAGCUAUUCAGAAGGGCAACCAUCAAAUAACGUCGGUACAGCAAUAAAUCCUACUAGUAAUCAAUAUUUAUCCCCAAAUAGUAAAACAAAACCAUCAUCAUCAUCAUUAUCACAACCACAACCAAUAUCAAGCCAUCACAAAACUAAUAGUAGUAGUAGUUUAAUUGUUGGAGGUAGUAAUUUUCAAGAUAUUAAAGCAAGCUUUUCAAAUUUAAGUAGUUCCUAUAGUCAUAAUAGCGGUCUAAGUGGCCUAAUAUCACCAAGAAUGCAUAAAUUUGAACAACAACAAAAUAAUAGUCCAUCAUCUUCAUCUUCAACCACACCAACACCUCUAUCACCAAAUGGUAAUUUAAAAGGUAGAAAUGUUGCAUCUAUUAUUGCAGCUAAUGGCGCAAAUUUAAAUAAAAGUCUUAGUAACUUACAGCUUCAAGCAAAUGGAGGUUUAAAUAGUAGCACUGGCAGCAACAGUUCAAUUAACUCAUCCUCAUCAUCAUUAUCGAAUAAUAAUAUUUCAAUAUCAUCAUCAUCCAAUAGUAUAUAUGGUCAUCAACAUCAAAAUAGUAAUGGCGGUCAAAUGAGCUAUAUGGAUUUAGACAAUGGAAGCAAUGGUACCAUCGGUGAAGUUGCUAAUCACCUAUCAUAUGAACACCAAACCACUAGCACCACAUCAAAAUCAAUUUCAGAAACCAUUGAAAUCAUGGUUAUUGGUGAUGAACUUUCAAAUAAAGCCAGAUUUAUAUCAUCAUUUUUAAACAAUGGCAUUGGUGAUGAUCCAACACUCGAUGUUUCAACAAAGAAAUCUUUAGCUAUUCAAUCAGGUGCCUACACUGUAAAUAUUAAUACCACAGUAGGUCAAGAAGAGUUUUGGGGAAUCAAUGAUAUUUUCUAUCGUUCAAGUCAAGGUUUUAUUUUUGUAUACAAUGUGAACAACAGAGAAUCAUUUCUUUCAUUUUUAAAAUUCCGUGAUAAGAUUAUCCAUGAAAAAUCAACAGAAAACAUUUUAAUGACAAUGGUUGGUCUUACAUCACCAUUAAUCAACAGCGAAACUGGAGAAGAAUCAUCAAUUAGAGAAGUCACCACUACAGAAGCCAAACGUAUGGCAGAUCUUUAUAGCUGUUCAUUUGUUGAACUCUCCAGCUUUGGUUUAGAUUGUGAACAUCAAAUUCAAUCAAUUGUCACCGAUCUUUUAGGCCGUAUUACCAACUAUCAAUCCAAUGUAAACAACAGUAGCGAUUCUUCCCAACAAACCUUAGAACUCUUGAUGUUGGGUGAUAUUUUCGUUGGUAAAACUCAAAUUAUUCAAAGAUUAUUAGGUAACAACUUUUCUUUUGCUUACAAAGAGACUACAGAAUGGAACAAAAACGUAAUUCAAAUGACUGUAAACGAUGUUAGAUAUAUGAUAAAGAUGGUCGAUACAUGCGGUCUCGACAUUGAGGAGACACUCAACAGAGAACGUUUGGUCAGCAGUCAAGGUUUUGUCUUUGUAUACUCUAUUUCCUCAAGAGAGUCAUUUUUAAUGAUUGAAACUCUCAGAAAGAAACUUUUAGCGGUCAAGGGUGAUUCUAAAAUCCCUGCAGUUUUAAUUGCCAACAAAGGUGAUUCAUUAAUACGUCAAGUUACUUUCGAUGAAGGUAGCAAAAUGGCACAACAUCUAGGUGGUCAAUUCUUUGAAGUAUCCUCAUUUAUGUCAGAUGACGAAUCUAUCCUUUACCCAAUCCAACAAUUGGUCAUGGAUGUCCAAAAAUCAUCAAAUAAUACUGUAGAAAUGGGUGAAAUUAAAAAGAAAGGCUAUUUGUUCAAAGAAGGAAAGAAAUUAAAAUCAAUGUCAAAAUAUUAUUUCAAAGUUAGCAAAUGUACAUUAUCCUAUUGCAAAAACGAAAGCAAUAAAAGCAAAUUUAAAAAUGUUCAGCUAUCUGAACAAAUUCAACUUGCAAUCCCUCACAGCGAAAAGAAAGAUAUUUGGCCAUUCCAAGUUAUUUUGGACCCUGUAAGCAAGCAAUCCAUUAAUUUAAUCGCAACCUCUGAAGAAGAAAGAAACUCUUGGAUCAAAGCGAUCAAAUUUAAUUGUUACUUGGAAGAGAUAGCAUGUAAUAUAAUAGAGGACGUUGUUAAAAAUAUAGUUAGUGAAGUUGCACAACAACAUUUACCAAAUGGCCAAUCUUUAAAAAGAUCUGAUACCAUUCAACAAUUCCAAAACUCGCCAAGUAAACCAAAUAUAAAUGUGAAUGGUUUAUCUCAAUCCACAAACUCCUCACCAUACCACAGCCACCACUAUAAUCAUCUCUCACAAUCAACCUCAUCCAUGUCACCUGAAAAAUUACAAUCUGUACAUUUAUCAUCCUCAAAUCUUUCAUCCUCAAUGAGCAGCUACUCUUCAUUAUCCUCAUCUUUUUCUUCAUCUUAUUCUGACUCAAUAUCUUCUUCACCACCCUCAAAUGGUUCUGAACAUCAAUACCCACAAUCACCGCAACUCAAAAAAAGUUUAUUUCAAAGAACUACUUCAUUUUCAAAAUCAAAAGGUGGUAAAUAAAUAAUAUUAAAAGAAAAAAAAAACAACUUUAUAGAUAAAAAUCAUAUCUUUUCAAAAAAAAAAUUUUUUAAAUAAAAGACUCCACCAAUAUAUACAAUAUAUAAUUUAAAAAAUUAUAUAUGUACAUAUUUGUAUUUAUAU